UGUACUAAUACGUCCCCUGAGAAAGUAGACGUGAACUACGUCGUGAUGCUCGGUAAAAAGCACGGUAAAUAGUUCGAUUCCGUGAUAUGGUUCAUGUCCGAACUAUUCAGAUAAGAACCAAGUUGAGAACUGAACAGCUGAAUCAAACAAGAACCAACGAUCCAUCGCUCUGGCUUUGUCUCAUCAACGAUCAACGUCUAACGGACUCUUGCGGCCGCAGACACGAGGUUUCGCCUUUCGAAAGGUGCACCGUUUUGACAUAUGUUCUACAAGCGUGUCAAUUGUCAACGUAGAAAAAUAUCUUCCAAGCUCGAUUUAAACGCAACGUCGAAUUACACACAUGACAUAUAGUGUGUAUUUGUUUCUAAUAUUUAAUUUAAUCUGCAUUCAUCCAGAAUAAUUGGAAAUUAAUAGAUUCCUCAAUAAAAUAAAAACAAUGUCUGCAAACACAGCUAUACUCAGAAUUUGGAGAAGCAAUCCUGCGACUAUAUUUGUGUGGAAAUCAGAGAUAUUUCAAUCCCAAAGAACAAUUUUCACUUCAGUGCAAAAUAAAUUUUAUUUUAACAAUGUUAAUAAAGCUGAAAACAAAGUGGCAGCGAAUCAGAAAACAGACUGGAAUAAAACUAUGUCAGAGGCAGAAAAGAUUGUUGGAUAUCCAACAUCUUUUUUAAGUUUAAGAUGGCUAUUGAGCGAUGAAAUUGCAAAUGUUGCAUUGCACUUAAGGAAAUUGGUUGGAUCUAAUCAUCCUUUGUUGAAGACAGCUAAAAGCAUUAUUUAUAAUGGACGUAACACACAAGCAUUUGGUCUUAUUGUACUGUUAAUCUCGAAAGCUGCUGGCCAUUUGAAUGCAAAGCCAAUAGAAGAAGAUAAAGCUGCAGGCGUAUUACAUAGUCAAAGAGCAUUAGCUGAAGUUAUAGAGAUGAUACGCAUUAGCAAUUUGAUACAUAGAGGACUGGUAAAUAUAAAUACAAAUGAAUCUUUGUCUGUGGAAUCCUCAGAAUUGAACAAUAUGACUUUUGGCAAUAAAAUAGCAUUGUUAUGUGGUGAUUAUUUACUUAGUAAUAGUUGUGUCGAAUUGGCAUCUCUCAGAAAUCAGGAUCUUACUUUCUUAAUAUCAUCUGCAGUAAAAGAUUUAUGUCAAGCAGAAUUUGUAGGAUGCAGAGAUAAUCAAAAUUUUCCCAUUCCAUCAAUACCAUCCUACACACAAAAUCCUAGAGGCUAUGCACUUACAGAAUGGACGCUUCUAAAUGUUUAUGGUGCUGGAUCAUUGCUAGGAAAAAGCUGUCAAGCCACAUUGCAAUUAGGCGGACAUAGCAAAGAAAUUCAAGAGGAAGGUUAUAAGUUUGGCAAACAUCUAGCUUUAGCUUGGCAGGCUUCCUUGGACUUAAGUUUAUGCAUCAAUAAAGACAAAGAAAUCUUGCAUAAUUUGUGCGCUGCUCCAAUCAUGUUUCAUGUUGAACAUGAUUCAUCAAUUUUAUCUGAAUUUGAUAAGGGAUUAGAGUCAGUUGAAAAUGUCGACUAUUUAAAGGUACUUGAGAUUGUUGCAGCUGGUCCAGGUAUUGGAUUAACUAAAGAACUUAUAAAAGAACAUUCACAGAAAGCUAUGGAAGUCUUAAAUGUAUUUAAAGAAAAUGAUGCAAAAAAGGCCUUAUCUAACAUUAUUGUUGCAAUAGGUGAUUUUUAAUUAUUACAAAUAAAUUUUUAUUAUUAUUUUAUAUAUACUA